UUGUAGCUUACCAUCGGUGUCUAUAAAGUUCGUUCAAAACAGGAAACGGAAACACAAGAGUAUGCUAGCAUUAAUCCAUUAAGCAGAGAAAACUAGCAUUUUCAUGCCAUCAGUGCUCUUUGAUUAAGGAGUUGGUUACAUUUAAUUCUUUGUAAGUGCGAAUCUCAAGCUGUCGGCCAGCCAGAAGGACUGAGUGAUUAUGGCUGACCCUGCACGGAUCAAGCCUGAGAGUACACCAGAGAGAACAACUUCUGCUAACGAGGAACAUCCUAAAUCAGAGGACACUGAAGAUUUACCAUCCAGAGCAAAACCUACAGAUGAAAACAAAGAGUCAUCCUCGCAAGAUCAGCCCAAACAGGAGGUUAAGUCUGAAAUGGCAGCUGGGGAUGAUGAGGAAGAAGGGACUUCUGGCCAACCUCCUUCCAAAAGACUUAAGGUGGAACCAGAGAAGAAAAAGGAGAAGCGCCACAAGGUCGAUGAGGAUGAAAUACAAAAGAUGCAGGUUUUGGUGUCAUCCUUUUCUGAAGAGCAGCUGAAUCGCUAUGAGAUGUACAGACGUUCAGCCUUCCCUAAGGCUGCUAUUAAGAGGCUGAUCCAGUCCAUAACAGGAUCAUCAGUGUCCCAGAAUGUGGUGAUUGCCAUGUCUGGUAUUUCCAAGGUUUUUGCUGGGGAAAUUGUCGAGGAAGCAUUGGACGUUUGUGAGAAAUGGGGAGAUACACCACCGCUUCAGCCCAAGCAUAUGAGGGAAGCAGUGCGGAGAUUGAAGAGCCGAGAUCAGAUUCCCAACUCCAAGUACAAGCAAAUCCUCUUUCAUUGAGACUCCUGUGCUUUAGGUUGUGAGGGGAUCGUGGGCUGAUGUCUGCGAUUUAAAAAAGUGGAGCCAAAACCUUUGGAAAACGUGUCAUGAAGCCUCUGUGGGCCGUACUGCACGUACUAGACAUGGAUUAUUCACUGCUAACCAAACGGUCAAUAUCAGUGACUGUAGUAUUGAUUUAAUGGUCAAUACUGUGGCCUGCCAUUCACCUCUAAUUGUCAUGGUAAGUGGUUGAUGCAACAUACAGUUCAAAUGAUGUGAAAUGAUAUUCAUGUAUGGUUGUAAAUACAGUAUGCUUUAUUAUACUUA